CUUUUCUUCCCAACCCAAAUUCUCUGUUUUCCAUCUGUUCUCCUAAAGGCAAAGCUAACAGACAACAUGGGCGCUUUCUCUCUUUCUCUACUAUUCAUCUUGUCUUUCCUUCUCCUUCUUCCGUCCCUCUUUGCCUCCUCUAGUCCUCAAGCUGUUGUUGAUGAAGUGCAUAGGAGCCUAAAUGGUUCAAGGAGGAACUUGGGCUAUCUUUCAUGUGGUACUGGAAACCCAAUCGAUGACUGCUGGCGUUGUGAUCCCAACUGGGAGAAAAACCGCCAGCGGUUAGCUGACUGCGCCAUUGGCUUUGGCAAAAACGCCAUUGGUGGCAGGGACGGUAAAAUCUACGUCGUCACUGACUCUGGUGACGACGACCCUGUCACACCAAAGCCGGGGACUCUCAGGCACGCUGUCAUUCAGACAGAACCCUUGUGGAUUAUUUUCAAAAGCGACAUGGUCAUCCAAUUAAAAGAAGAACUAAUUAUGAACUCAUUUAAAACAAUUGAUGGAAGAGGCGCUAGUGUACAUAUUUCGGGCGGUCCAUGUAUAACUAUACAGUACGUGACGAAUAUUAUUAUACAUGGAAUUCACAUACACGAUUGUAAGCAAGGAGGAAAUGCUAUGGUGCGGAGUAGUCCAUCGCAUUAUGGGUGGAGGACUGUUUCUGAUGGUGAUGGAGUGUCUAUAUUUGGUGGGAGCCAUAUUUGGGUGGAUCAUUGUUCUUUAUCUAACUGUCAUGACGGCUUGAUUGACGCUAUUAUGGGGUCCACAGCGAUUACCAUUUCAAACAAUUUCAUGACGCACCAUGAUAAAGUCAUGCUCCUGGGACACAGUGAUUCUUAUACUCAAGACAAGAACAUGCAAGUCACUAUUGCUUUUAAUCACUUCGGUGAAGGCCUUGUCCAAAGAAUGCCAAGAUGUAGACAUGGUUACUUCCAUGUGGUGAACAAUGACUACACACACUGGGAAAUGUAUGCCAUUGGUGGAAGUGCUAGUCCCACCAUCAAUAGCCAAGGCAACAGAUUCCUUGCCCCUGAUAUCAGGUUCAGCAAAGAGGUUACAAAACACGAGGAUGCACCAGAGAGUGAAUGGAAGAGUUGGAACUGGAGGACAGAAGGGGACCUAAUGUUAAAUGGUGCAUAUUUUACACAAUCAGGAGCUGGAGCUAGUUCAUCGAGUUAUGCUAAAGCGUCAAGCUUAAGUGCAAGGCCCUCUUCAUUAGUCAGCAACCUUGUCUCCGGUUCUGGAGUUCUCAAUUGCCGAAAGGGUUCUCGUUGUUGAUUAUUACUCCUAUGUCCUAAUUUAUAUGACAUAGUUCGAGAGAAAAGGAAUUAUUUAACUUGGUCUUAUUCUACUAAGUGUAGGUCCUAUUGCUAGGGUUGUGUUUUUUAUUUGUCUUUUUUUCGUCCCUUUAAUUUUUUACCUUUUCUAUUUUUUUCCUUUAAGUCUUUUUGACUUGAUUGUCAAAUACAACCUCGGCCUGCUAUUCUCAGCCUUUGGGACUUUCGGUUCUGUUGGUUUUAGAGAAAGGCAAGUUAAGAAGUGUUGAUAUAUACAUCAAUAUAUGUAUUGAUUUUUAAA